CGCUGUCUGAAUGCUGUCAAACAUCCCGAAUGAUAACAAACAACUAUUUUUUUGCGCUGGCUACGUGUUUUGUUGGAACGAUAUCUGUACGGGCUGCUUGAAAAUCCUGCAUGUUUGCACAGUUGUAUUUCGUUUUGGAGUAAGAUUGUAGACUACCCCAAAGAAAAAGGACACCCUCAGUAGCAAACUAUGCGGUUUCUGGAUUCCUUGCGAAGAUUAGAUGCUUAUCCUAAGAUAGACAAUGAAUUUAGCAUACGCACAGUCAGUGGAGCGGCACUCACGCUGAUCAGCACGAUCGUAAUAGUUACCCUAGUGAUAGGCGAAAUCAACGCCUACCUUUCGCCCAACAUUUCGGAAGAGCUGUUCGUGGAUACGACACGGGGCCACAAGCUUAAAAUCAAUCUAGAUUUUACCAUCCCGAGAAUAUCGUGCGAUUAUGUAUCGCUGGAUGCGCAAGAUUCAACCGGGGAGCAACAUUUGCACAUCGAGCACAACAUCUACAAACGGAGGGUCGAUCUGCAGGGGAUUCAGAUCGAAGAACCGAAGAAAGAGGACAUUCAAGCGUCGACGAAACGUAUUGCUAGCACGGAAACACCGUCGGUGACGACCACACUCAAACCCGCUUGUGGAAGUUGUUACGGUGCUGCGACGAAUGCUUCCCAGUGCUGCAACACAUGCCAGGAAGUUAUCGACGCGUACCGUGAGCGAAAGUGGAACCCGAACGUGGAAGACUUUGAGCAGUGCAAAAACAGCAACGAUGGUAGCAUCGAAGGGAAGGCGUUCAGCGAGGGUUGCCACAUCUACGGUACGAUGGAGGUGAACCGGGUCGAGGGACGGUUCCACAUUGCACCGGGCAAAAGCUUUUCCAUCAACCACAUUCACGUGCACGACGUGCAACCGUACUCGUCGUCCCGGUUCAACACAACGCACCGGAUCAACACGCUUUCGUUCGGGGAACAGUUCGAGUUCGGAACGACCCGUCCACUGGACGGACUGAUGGUGGAAGCGACGGAAGGUGCAAUGAUGUUCCAGUACUACAUAAAAAUAGUUCCAACGAUGUUUGUCCCGCUGAAAGGACCAACGCUCUACACCAACCAAUUUUCCGUCACCAAGCACCAGAAGAGUGUGACGGCUAUGAGCGGUGAAACGGGCAUGCCUGGCAUUUUCGUCAACUACGAGCUCUCGCCUCUGAUGGUGAAAUUUACCGAGAAACGCAACUCACUCGGUCACUUUGCUACCAACGUAUGUGCAAUAAUAGGUGGUAUCUUCACGGUGGCCGGCAUUAUUGACUCGCUGCUCUUUACCUCGAUACACGUUAUCAAACGCAAGAUUGAACUCGGCAAGGCGAGCUAAUGUUAUUGCCACAGGUGGUGGUUGAUACAUGCGCAUGUAUCUUACCAAUGCUGCUUCUCAAUACGAAUCUCUCUCUCUCUACGAAUGAGUCGAGUCCCUCCAGUCCAUUUUACACUGUGCUUUUCCCUAUUACGGCACCAUAUAUCUAUAUAUUUUCACUUCGUUUGGUUUUGUUUCAAAAAUUAAACUUUCCAUUGCGUCCAGCAGCGUGUUUCAGAUUGUUUUCAGGAAGCGAUUGUAACAUUCCAUGUUCGAUUUAGCCACUUCUGUAACGAACUCCUCGUCGGUACCCACGGCCAGUGAUUUUAGCGGAAUAUACAGCUCUUUCUUGGGAUCGUACUGCACUUUGCCGAGAAAUUUCAAAAA